GGUGUGGUCACGCGGCUCCAAGAUGGCCGCGCCCUGCGAGUGACAGUUGCUUUUUCAGAGUCGGAGUGAGUUGAAGUGUCAGUAGAAGAGGUGCUUGUCUUAGUUGACACCUUCCAGAAGGAAGCUCGUCUGUUCCUCGGAUUGGCCAACAUGAGCAAGGGCGAAUUAAUCCUCCCUGAAGACUUCCCUCAACUCCAGAAUGACGCAUUCUUACGAGCAGCUCGAGGUGGACAAACUGAGCAUGUCCCCGUCUGGUGUAUGAGACAGGCUGGAAGAUACCUCCCUGAGUUUCGUGAGUUCAGGGCAGGGAAGGACUUUUUCGAAACAUGUCGCUCACCAGAGGCCUGCUGUGAGCUCACAUUGCAGCCUCUUAGACGUUUUCAAUUCGAUGCUGCCAUCAUCUUUUCUGACAUCCUCGUUGUACCACAGGCAAUGGGUAUGGAUGUCCAGAUGGUGCCAGGCAAAGGUCCGACGUUCCCCGAGCCCCUGAAGGAACCAGAAGACCUACAGCGUCUGCGUGUGAAAGUAGAUGUAGCCAAAGAACUGGGUUAUGUUUUCCAAGCCAUCACACUGACAAGACACAAGAUUGAGGGCAAAGUACCACUGAUAGGAUUCACUGGCGCACCAUGGACGCUCAUGUCUUACAUGAUAGAAGGUGGCGGUUCCACUACCCACUCGAAGGCGAAGCGUUGGCUGUAUCAACAUCCCGAACCCAGCCACAUGCUGUUGAAAAUGCUCACGGAUGUUAUUGUUGAGUAUCUGCUGGGCCAGGUGGCAGCUGGAGCCCAGGCACUGCAGGUCUUCGAGUCCCAUGCAGGCAUUUUAGGACCUGUUGAGUUUCAAACUUUCUCUCUUCCUUACCUUCGCAACAUUGCUCGCCGUGUCAAGGAAAAACUCAAAGAGGCGCGACAGGAUGUUCCCAUGAUUGUUUUUGCAAAAGAUGCUCAUUAUGCACUUGAAGCUCUCUCUCAGUCUCAUUAUGAAGUGGUCGGGCUUGACUGGACCAUUGACCCCCGCUCAGCACGGGAGAAGACAGGAGGAAAGGUUAGCCUUCAGGGAAACAUGGACCCAUGUGCGCUUUAUGCUUCCAAGGAGCGUAUCUCAGACAUGGUGAAGAACAUGCUGGAAGGGUUUGGCACCAGAGGCUAUAUUGCCAACUUGGGCCACGGUCUUUACCCCGAUAUGGACCCGGAGAAUGUGGGAGCCUUCGUGGAAGCUGUACAUCAACACUCAAAACAAAUGGUCAAGCAAAUGUAGAUGGGUAUCGUGAAAAUGAGCAAGAAUGUAUAUUGAUGGAUCAAUUUGAUUUUGGUGGAAGUAAAUAAUGAAAAAAAAAAAAUCA